AUGGCUUCGCACCGACGUGGGCAUGAGUCAGACUCUGACUCGGAUUUUUCAGACCGAGAGGCUGACGCCGGCGAUAUAAGAAAGAAGAAAAGAAAACUAAAAGGUGCCGCGACUUAUAGAUGCAAAUUUUCGCCGGACUGGACGAAGACCUUUGGUUCAUUCAUCACAAAAGGAGAUAACAACUAUUCCUUCCGCUGCACGUUAUGCAACCGAACCGUUUCAUGCGGGCAUAUGGGGUUGGGGGAUGUACAGAGGCACAUCAAGCUCGACAUGCAUACACAGAAAGUUGCAGCGAUGAGAAGACAACCGACACUGAACUUUCCCCGUGUUGACCCCUUGGCAGAGAAGGCCACACGAGCUGAAGUGAAAGUUGCCACAAUGCUCGUGCAGAACAACAUUCCACUCGCAUUAGCUGACGAAUUGACUCCAUUGUUGGCAGACAUCUUUCCAGACAGUCAAAUAGCAAAUAAAUAUGCAGCCAGGCGUACAAAGACAGCGUGUAUCAUUAAUGGAGCUGUUGCCCCAUUUUUCCAGCGGAAACUCGUUGACCACAUGAAGAACCAUCCCUUUUCUAUUGCCAUUGAUGGCUCGUCUGACAACGAUAUUGAAAAGAUGAAUCCGAUGACGGUCCGCAUCUUUGACAUGGGCAGGGUCAACACCCAAUUCCUGGAUAUGUGCAUGUCAUCACAGUCGACAGCAGAAGCACUCUUCAACAAGAUGGAUGAAGUACUACGCCGUCAUAACAUUCAGUGGGAGAACUGUGUAGGCCUAGGUGUUGAUAACACAUCUGUGAACAUGGGGUGUAGGAACUCCAUAAAGACUCGUGUCCUUCAGAAGAAUGAAACUACAUAUGUCAUGGGCUGUGGGUGUCACAUUGUGCAUAAUACAGCUGGCAAAGCUUCCGACGCAUUCGAGCAGGUGUCUGGAUUCAAUGUUGAGGAGAUGGCGAUCGACAUCUUCUAUUGGUUUGACAAGAGCACAAAGAGGAAGGCAGCUCUACUCGACUACUGCAUAUUCUGCGACCAAGAAUACCGGAGGGUACUCAAACACGUCAAUACAAGAUGGCUGAGCCUUGAGACUGCUGUCUCAAGGAUUCUCAAGCAGUAUGCAGGCCUGAAAAGUUACUUCCUGUCAGAAGAUGACAGGGCUCCGAGAUUUAGGAGGCUUCACUUGCUGUUUGCGGAACCCAUGACAGAGGUCUACCUCCUCUUCUACCAAUCUGCCCUGCAGACCUUUAUGCACAUGAAAUUGUUCCUGCAGCGGGAGUAUCCUGUCAUCCCACUUGUAUAUGCCCAGAUGCAGUCCUUUCUCCAGAAGUUGGCUAGUCGAUUUGUGAGGGUGCAGACCAUCAGGGAAGCCAACAGAGACUUCAUCAACUUGACUUUCAGAGAUCUGAAUGUGCAGCUUUCAGACGACAACUUGAUGAUUGGAUUUGCCACAAAAAAUCUAGUGAAGAAACUUCUUGAUGAAGGUUCGAUCUCUCCUCAUCAGCAGUCUCGAUUCUUCCAGAGUGUUCGUGCCUUCUACUGUCGUGCUUUCUCGUAUGCUGUGGAGCAUCUUCCAUUGGAUGACAGACUUUUGAAGAAUGCUGCAUUUGUCAACUUCAUGCGCAGAGAGAAUGCUACCCUAUCGGAGGUGGAGUUCUUCGUAGAUAGGUUCAGCACACUAUUGCCCUACCAGUCACCUCAAGAGAUGGACAGACUCGCUGAAGAGUUCACCACAUACCAGCUGAUGGAGGAGGACACCAUUCCUCGGGAUGUGUGGACACGUGCUAAGGUGUCAGAAGAAGGCCACUACAGGAUGGAUGUCAUCUGGCAGCAUCUCUCCAACAUGAAGGCUCCAGAUAACAGCCCCCUUCUUCCACGCCUUGCGAAGGUGGCAGAACUCGUUUUGUUCUUGCCUCAUUCCAAUGCCCAGGAGGAGCGUGUUUUUUCUAUGGUUCGCAAGAAUAAAACCGCAUUCAGGCCAAAUCUGGAUCCAAAAGGAACACUCUCUAGCAUCCUUACCAUCAAGCUAGCCUAUGGAGCACCUGCCCAUACCUUCGAGCCGGACAAAAAUUUGCUCAAGGUGGCCAAGUCUUCCACUUGGGAAUACAAUAAGGAGCACAGCUCAAAAGAUUAA